GCUCAUCAGCACGAACAUGCUGCGGCUGCGGCUGCUUAUGGCGAUGGCGGCGAUGACGAUGGCGGCGACAGGAACUACAGGAGCGGGUGGAUCACGGUGCUUAGAAUCAGUUGGGAGAGCAGAAGUAGCAACUCGAGGAAGGACAUCGGCGCAAGGACUGAACCAUUGUUUGCACCGGCGGCUUCGAGGAGGCUCGAUAGAGCAUCUUGAUACCACACAGAGAGAUGCAGGAAAGGAGGAUGAAAUACUGGACCAGGUCAGAGAGCUCAUCGAUAAGCUGGACGCACAGUUCCAGGAACAAGAGGAAGAGAUGUUCCCUAGGCAGGGCGAACCGAAACUCAGGUCCAAUGUGAUUCACAACGACGUGGACAACGUGGAUCCCGACGAAGACAGCAAUGGUAUCCUGAAGGAUGACGAGCCGAACCCGGAACUCCUUGACCAGUCCAUGCAGUUCGUCGAUAGGGCAGAGGAACUGAUCAAAGCGCUGUCACCGGAGAACAUCAUCAAGAAGGUGGAAGAGGCUGGGGGGCGAAUCGAAGACAUCGAACCUGUUAUCGGACCAGACGGGAGAUGUCUGGGGAACUUCACCAGUCUGCAACACUCUCGCGCAAAGGUCAUGAAAGACAUCAAAGAGAUACGAAAGAAGCACAAACUUUUGAGAAGUGAGAUGGAGAGGAAGUCCCCCGGACAGCAACUCCUAGAAGAAAUCGCCAACAUGAAGGAGUCUGAUAUCAAUCCUUACAUCAAGCUCCUUCAUGAUUGGAAGAAAAAUAAGGAUGAAGAGAUCCGCAUCGGCUCGUUCCAGCAGCAGUAUGAUGCUAUCGGACAGGGAGGGGCACCGAUUGUGCCGGCCAAGAUAGAAGUCAAGCCUGAAGGGCUCAAGCAGGAGAUCGAGGCGAGGAGGAGUGAUUGA